CGACGGAGCAGGAGGAGGAGGAGGCGGCGGCGACGCGCCCCCUUCUGCUGCCGAGACCGGCUCGGGGGAGUAUAAAGGGGGCGCCGGGCAGGCCGGGGCGAGAGAAGCGCCCGGAGCAGCCUCGCCUCGCCAUGAACGCCCUUCUGCUGGCCGCCCUCUGCGCCCUGGCCGGGCUCUGCCUCGUCCGCCCAGGGGACGCCCGCAGCGCCGACGGGUCGCCCAGGUCGGAAGCUUUCGUCUCCAAGCGUGUGGGGGCUGAAGUCGUGAAGCGACAGAAGAGGAACUACAACAGUGGCUACGAUGCUGCCGGGGCUGCCCCCCAAGUGGCUGUGAACCCCUUCGAGGCCCAGCGGGAGGUCUGCGAACUCAGCCCCGACUGUGACGAGUUGGCCGACCAGAUCGGCUUCCAGGAAGCUUAUCGGCAGUUGUACGGGCCCAUCUAGCCUGCUGGCCGUUCUGCAGCCCCUGGAGGACUGGGGCAGGUGACCCCUCCCUUCCCCCCCCCCCCAGUUGAAGCGGCUUCUAAUUUUGCUCUCUCUGUAAGAGCCUUGGGGAAAUUUGUACUUUAUGUUCUAGAA